AGUGUACUCGAACAAGUUGGUCAGGCCAGUCGUGUGUAUCAAAACCGCAAUAGAAUGGAAAGCUAACUAGAGAAAGUGAUAAAGCAAACCUAUGUUGGCUCGAAAAUCAACAAUAACAGUUCCUUUUGGCGACUACAAAUUACCAGAAAAUCGCCUGAAAUGUCGAGUUCGCUAUGCAAGGCCUCUGUGUACAAAGCAUAUCAAGAUGUUAUAAACGAUGUAAUUUCCAAUACCAGGGAACACUUCAUAGAAGACGGAGUGGAUGAAGCAGUUUUACAAGAACUGAAGCAACUUUGGGAGACAAAGUUGACUGCUACAAAGGCUGUGGAAGAAAAUAAAGAACUUGACAAAGUAAUAGGAGUGAACAACAAUAAAAUACCAAAAGCAGAUGUCACCAAUAAUGGGCCCAACUAUCCAAAAAAUACACCAAUGACUUUUUCACAUCAAGUACAAAUGCCCCAUCAUCAACAACAGCAACUGUUGAACAAACAAGUUGUGGGACAAGUUCCUCCCAAUAAUCACAUGCCUCAAGGUCAAAUGGGAUCAGCCUUUCCCGAAUGGAGACUAGUCCCCAUCCAGUUAACAAUUCCUUCAGCCCCUGGUACAGGCGAAGGACCCAGGAUCCUCUCCAUAGACGUUCCAGAAAUGUUUCUGCAAGGCCCCCACCUGAAAUCCAUACUGACCGGACAAGUAAUAAGCACAACCAUGGGCCUGCCUCUCCAAACCGCCUGUGCGUUUCUUCAAGAACACGUCAAUGCUGCCUUCAUCAAACACCAGCAGACGUACUUUACGAAUACCAUGAAUCCCUUGAUGUCUGAUGGCCUCCACGAUGAUCAACUGCAGAGCAGGCUCAGGGGUAUCCCGCAGGGGGACGGCCCCGCGGAUUCUUCCGAUGAAGAUGAUCAAAGUGAAGAAAGAUCUGAAAACGAUAUGGAGGAGGACAAGGAAGAGGACGACCUGGAGGACGAUGAUGGGGCCAUGGGGCCCGAGGAUGAUCCCCUCAAUUCUGGAGACGAUGUUUCUGAUGCUGACGGAACAGAGGAAUCUUUUGAGACUGAUAAUGUGAUAGUGUGCCAAUAUGACAAGAUAACGCGGAGCAGGAAUAGAUGGAAAUUUCAUCUGAAAGAUGGCAUUAUGAACUUGAAGGGGCAGGAUUUCAUUUUCCAAAAAGCUAAUGGUGAUGCAGAAUGGUAACAUUCCAGUUGACUGUUUUUGUUAUUUUAGUUUUGACAUUGAUUUUAUUAUACUUAUAUUGAGUUUCAACUUGUUAUUUUAAUAAGAUAUUUACCUUUUUAAAUAGAGAUUAUUUCUAAUAGAAGAUUUACUUCUAUUGAUAUAUCUGUUUUGGGCAUUAUAUGUUUGUUUUACUGUG